GCCAUUUUCUUCCUCGCUUCGAGAUUUGGGGCCCUGUUGGUGCUGCUGUCGCUUAGUCCAUUCACGAGGGACGUACUACAGCUGAGUGGGCGAAGAAUCGCCAGCAGCAUUCGCCCUGAGUCGCGAUGAGUUUACCUCUUAAUCCUAAACCAUUCCUCAAUGGAUUAACAGGAAAACCAGUAAUGGUGAAACUGAAGUGGGGAAUGGAGUACAAAGGAUACCUGGUCUCUGUAGAUGGCUAUAUGAAUAUGCAGCUAGCAAAUACAGAAGAAUAUAUAGAUGGAGCAUUAUCGGGACAUCUGGGUGAAGUUUUAAUAAGGUGUAAUAAUGUCCUUUAUAUUAGAGGUGUUGAAGAAGAAGAAGAAGAUGGGGAAAUGAGAGAGUAGCAGCUUUGGGUUUUUUUUUUUAUAUAUAUGUAUUUCUAGACAAUAAAGAUGUGCUUGUUUUUCAGUGUGA